AUGAAUCUAUUCCAUCGAGUCUGGAACACUAUCCGUCAGUGCAUCGGAGGAGAAGCCAGGGACAAUGGACAGGAAUAUCAGCCAGUCGAUCGCCCAAACCUUCCUCCCACAAGAUCUGCAUCACCCAAUUCGGUCACGGAUUCCGUUUCAAUUAAUUUCGGAAGCUCUGGAUCAGAAUGUAGUGUAGGCACGUGGAAGGACCUCGAAGAACUUCGCAAGGGAUGCCAUCGUCCUUACGUCAGAAAUGACUCGAUCGAAAAUCCAUCUAUCGCAAGCGGGGAAUCUGGAUACGAGUCAGCUGCCAUCUAA